AUGUUAAGACAAGUUGGUGUUUUGAAAUUCGAUCUAGGAGAACGACACACUGAUAUAGUGGUCAAGGAUGUGCAAAUAUGGACAAACAAUGAUACUUUAAAGGAUGAGCACCAGAAUGAUAAUGUCUCGAUUUGGUCUCAUAGUGGUCGAUUUAUGCAAUAUGUAGAUCUUAAUAUGUUACCAUUGUGGUUACGUCCAAAUGUCUCAUCUAAUAAUUCAACACAUAUAUGUUUCACUACAAGUAAAGCAACCAACGCAUAUUUCAAUUCUAAAUUAAGAGACAGUAGGAGAGGUAUAGUUAUUAGUUUUCCAUCUCAAGAUACAGCUACUGAUAGUAGUGGAUUGUGGAUAUUUUAUAGGGAUGAGGAUAGUGAAUUGAAUGAGGAUAACUUUGUGAAAUGUUUUAUGUUAGAUCUAUCACGAAAAAACAUGAUUGAUACUCAGAUCCAUGACUCUAUAAAGAAUAAUAGUCAUAUGGGAAGAGAAUCUAGUAUCGAUGAUAUAUUGAAAAAAUCUCAAAAUAGGAUCAAUUCUGCAAAUAAUGAAGUUGCGAAGAAUGUUCGUAUUAAUGAUCGUAAAUUACAAUUCAAUGAAACUUUGUCGAAAUUAAUCCUUGGUGGGUUAAGACUCAGAGGUAUCCCAAAUACUCAAUCAUCAUUUCAACGACUAUAUAAAAUGACUUUUGACGCAUCAGAAUUUACACAUCGGAAUGAAUUAAAAGAGAUGAACAGAGGUCAACAACCAGAUAUUCCUUUCGAGGAGUUACAAGAAACUGUAGAAACAUUGUUAAGACUGUUCACGAAGUCAUAA